UUAAUGAGCUACUUCAAGACACAAACUGUAAUAAUAAUAGCUUUUUACUUGCGAUGCGAUUUCUCUGCUAUGACGGAAAACAGCUGUGACGAGGCUGUUUGUGUCUCGGAGCAGCAGCCACACCCUCCUCCGCGUCCUCCUCCUCUUUUCCCUCGGUGUGCAGAAGCAGCAGCAGCAGCAGGAGGAGGAGGACCAGAGGCAGCAUGAUGCGAUACAUCCUUACUCUUUUGGCGCUGCCAGCAGUCUGCAAUGGCAUCCUGCCUGAGAUCGUAGAGUCAGGAAUCAAUCACAUCGUGGAGGGACCGUCGGAGCUGGACCGCAUAUUUGUGCAGCAACCGCAGGAGGAUCCGCUGCAAAAGCCUGAGGAUGCGUUUCCCCAGACAAACAGCAGUGUCAGCCCUCAUCACAGUGACCUUCCUCAGAGUCAUCCCAAUGAGACUGAUAAGGUGGCUAAUGAGGAAUCUGUGCACUCCUCAGCAGAACAGGGGACAAACAGCAUCACUGCCACACCUUUCCCAGUCAGUGACCUGGAUAACAGUAUCGACCAUGGAUGUAUGACUAACGACGACUGUGGAAAAGGAAAGUAUUGCCUCUCUGACACUCAUAGGUCCAAGUGUAAGCCAUGUAAAGACACCGAUGUGUCUUGCACUAAAGAUGACGAGUGCUGCGGCGACCAGAUGUGCGUGUGGGGUCAGUGCAGCAAAAAUGCUACCAAAGGAGAAGCCGGCAGCACUUGUCAAGUCCAGAACGAUUGUCAGCCAGAUCUCUGCUGUGCAAUUCAUAAUGCCUUGCUCUUCCCCGUUUGUUCGGUCAAACCGAUUGAACGUGAACGCUGUUUUGAUGUCUCCAACAACCUGAUGGAGCUGCUGUCCUGGGACAUGCAGGAUAACAAACCCAGGCAACACUGUCCAUGUGCAGGAGAGCUUCAAUGCCAGCACCUCGGGCGUGGAUCCAUGUGCCUGAAAGCAGAGGACUCGAGUGAAGAGGACCUGACAGACUCUCUGUACUCAGAAAUUGAUUACAUUCUCUAGACAUGGCUUGACUGAAUUUAUACUCUCUCAAGCAGCAUGAAAUGUCUUCCCACUGUCUUUUUGCCAGCUUAAUCCAAAGUUGUAAAGUUACCAUACCUAAUAUAAUGGACGCUAAUAAGAGUUUCAGUCACUGAUUGUUUUUAUUUCUUUGAGAAUUAAAUGGCAAAGUUUUUAUACUGAAUGUUGCUUAAGCCAUCCAUGUGAUUUCUGUCAGGAUUCAACCUUUAGUCCCAACUGGGAUUACCGAUUGAAAUCAGCUGUUUCUCUGAAAUUAUGAUACAAUGAGGUUGUGUUGUUUCCCUCACUCCUUAGCUAAAUGGCCCUAAUACUUUAAAUAUACAUUUUUUUUAUUGGAAGGUGUUCAUCUUAUUUGGCUUUUUUUAUUAAUCAUAUGAUUUUUAUUUUUUGCAAGAAUUAUAGGAAGAGUUUGAUGAUCAUUAAAGAUUUUUCCGGCGUUGCUGAAUGCCUGAAAAAUGGAUAUGGAUCAUUUCUAAAUAGAUGAAAUGCUUACUCUUUUUUUAACUGAUCAUUUUAAACUGCUUGAAUAUAUUUCAAGAGAUGCUUGUAUAUUUUCAUAAAUUUGUUGAAUGAAAACAUGAAUAAUUCUGAGUUUGUGUUAAAAGAUAGUCUCGCUAGUUUUAUACACCAAUGCCACAUUUGAAUUCUUUUGACUUGCGCCAGGCAAAGCAGUGUAUAUCCCAACUAAUCAGGUAUCCAGACAAAAUCUAUAUGGUUCUUAAAGAAACAUGCACCGAUGGCUUUGUAAUUGCUUUCAUGUUUGACCAUAUAAAGUUUUAGUUUUUAAUAAAGCUUCUUUUCUAAAUACUGGUCCAUCACAUCUAAA